UUCGCUUGUGAUGAUAAACACAAACAAAACAACAACAACUGAAAAUAAUGCAAAAAUUAUUAUUGCAUCUGCACUCUGCACAGCCAGUCGCACUGCAUACCCGACGACGUGAGCGACACACGACACGAUGAAAGAAAAACACGUUUUUCUAAUCCUCAAUCCUCACUAAAACCAACACUACACCAUCGCAUCACCCUAAAAUGACCACCCCAAACAAAAUAAAAAACACACGAAGUGAGACAGUGAGAGGCGUUCGUUUGUGUACAACACAACACAACACAAUACAAAUACACUAACUGUAAACUCUGGCGCCUCUCUCUCUCUCACUCUCUCCAUGUUACAUUACUAACAAAAUACAGAACAAAAACAAAACAAAAAACGAAAGAAAAAUUCCUCCACACAAAAUACAAACACCAUCAAACAUUAUCCAUGUGCCUUGUUCUCGUUGUGUGUUGGCAACGAGCUCUCUUCUAACAAAUGCAUCAAAACGAGACAACUAUGUUGGAGUUUUGAGCUCAGCUUCAGCUCUGUUGCAUGGAAAGACAAGAAUCCGUUGCCAGUAUCUCGUAGGGUAGUGUCGGUUCAACGUCAGAGCCGAUCGGGUCAGUGAAACGAAAUUUAAUAAACUUACAAGAAAAAAAGAAACGUUUUUUUUGCACAUUUUGUUAACAGUAGACGACAGUUUAGUGUUCUUCUGUUUUGUACCUAACUAAAUAAAUGUGAAUGUAACUGGAUAUUAUUUGAUUUGUCAUAUCGGUUUAAAAUGGUUUGUUUAUUUUUUUAUUGACAAUCACACCAUCACCACCUACGCCGCUUGAUACCUACCAACCAAACAACAACCUAUCAAAUGUUGUAUUAUCAAAAUAAAAGUGCAUAUACCCUAUAUUCUAUGAAUAGCAUGGAUAGUGUAACUCUCCAAAGUGAAUUAAUGUGAAAGGAUUAAAAAAAACACUCGAUACCACAGCACGAUAACUUUUGGUACUGGAGAUCAUCAUCUGGUAGUCACACUCUCUUACGACAAGGAAAUUAUUUUGUUUUGUCUCAAACCGUCGGUCGUCGCGACAACACGUCAUUUUAUUGUUUCAUAUAAAAUCACCAUCAAGGAUAAUUAAUUAUACUUAAACCUACAAAUUUUUUCCUAUAAUGCAACAAAAUUUAUUAUAAACAAAAUCCUCUAAUACAAAAUCUAAGAUAUAUAAUUUUAUUCUCUCCAUUCUUAACAACAAUCAAUCUGCCUUCGGCUUUUCUCUUCAAAUAAGAAUUUACCAAACAAAAACAAAAAAAAAGAAAUCAAACAUUUUAACCAAUUUUUAUAACAAUCGCUUUGUGCUGAAUUUUUAAAGAAAUCUCUGCUCUCCAAUUUGUCUUCUUAAAUAAAAAUCUACAAACAUAAAUAUUUAAAAAACUUAACAAACAAUUUUGUUUUGUUUUGUGUUUUUUUACUACAAAAGUGUACCUUUUUACAUAAUAAAUUAAUAAAACGUAACUUUUUAAAAAAGAAAACUACUUCAAAUUAACAAACCGUAUUUUUAUACAAACAACAACAAAUUAUUACAAAACUUAACUAAGCAAUAUAUACAUUUUUUCUUAAAUAUAAAUAAAUGCCUACAAUAACAACUAAGAAAAAAAAUAUUAAAAACAAAGUGAAUGCCGCAAUUAAAGUGUCUUAAUCGAUAAAAAAAUAUUUUUAACAAUACUUAACUAUAGUAAAAAAUCGCUUGCCAAUUUAAAAAAAAAAAAUAUUUAAAUCUUUUUAAAUAGUGAAUAAUAAACUUUAAUACAAAAAUAAUAGAUAGCCAAUUUAUUAAUACAAAUAAAAAAAACUCAUACUCUAUUUGAAUGUAAAAAUAUUUUUUACUAAACUCAAUCGAAUAAAAGCUUAAACAAAAAACUAAAUUAUACAUAAAAUAAAAUAUAGUGUGAUAUUUUUUAUACAGCAAAUGGAUAUUAUUAACUCUAAUAAAUAAAAAUUAAAGUUUUAGUGAAAUCCGUCAAAAAGCAACUUAAGAAGAUUUUAUUGAAAGAAACUUCUUCUGAAAAAAAAAAGUUUUUUAAUUUAAUUUUUAACUUUUUGUGUUUUAAAAAUUUUGCAAAGUUUAAAGUGUCUCACGUGUGAAAUUUUCUUGGUGAAAGCAAAAUUUAAGUGAAUAAGUGAACAUAUUUAAUUAUGUUGUUGACUUAUUUAUAGGCGAUUUAUACCUAUAUCAAAUUUGGAUAAUAAUAUUUCACUUCAAGAUCCUCUACAAGAAAGAACCUGCCUAUCCCUGGAUUGAAUGCAAGUUAAAUAUUGAUGUGGGAAACAACUUUACAAAGAAUUAAAUCACUCAAUUUAUGAUCUCUGCUGAAGUUCUACAAAUGUCACUUCUACUAGCACUAUCAACAUUAGUGUGUAAUCCUGAAAAUCAUACACAAUUCUCCAAUAACGUUUAAAUAGAAAUCCAUCAACAUUCCUCCCUUUCAUCAUUCAUCACCAAAUCAAUCAAUAAUCGACGACCUAAUGACUAUGGCAGAAGGUACUGACCCUAUGGGGCAUCACAACGCUGCUUCCCAUCAUCAUCAUCACCAUCACAAUCAUCAUUACAAUCAUUAUCAUCAUCGGUUGCAACAGCAACAGUUGCAACACCAACAACAGCAACAACAACAACACCAUCAUCAGCAACAACAUCAAUUGCAACAGCAACACCAACAAGAAUUACACACAAUGGCUGCUCUGUCGAUGGUUCAUCAAAAUUUGACAUCAUCAGGAGUGACAUCGAUGACAACGACAACGUCGCCAGCCGCAGCUGCGGCAGCGAUAGCAGCAACAACAGAAAAUAUCAAUAACAAUCAACCCUAUGUGACGAACAAUAAUAUGCCAUGGAAGCAGAGGAAGCGAAAACGUUUGUCGGCUGUGCUAGAUAAAUUGCAUAACAACAAUGUUGCCAAUCAUUUGAAUAACAAUAACAACAACAAUAAUGUUGAUGAAGAUGGUUAUGUUGCCAAACGGGCCAGUAGUGGUGAGGAGGAGUCCGGGGAAGAUCUGUCAAAUUCGGAGAGUCCUCGAAUCAGUGUGAGUCCGCUUCAGUUGGCCGAAGUGAAUGAUGUGGACAAUCAGCUACAUGUUGACAUUAAGACUGAACAACUGCCAAGUCCUUAUGAUAGGUACUUCCCGAUUCCGUCGCCAUUGUUUGGCUAUUACUUGCAUACGAAGUAUCUCAAUGAGGUGUUUCGACGUCGCAAUGAUCUCUAUGCCGGUAGUGCAGCGCCAUCUACCCCCAGUUCGAUGCAAGAUUCUCCGCCACAAAAGGCCCUGAGUGGCCACCAAGACCAUCCUCCGCCAGCACCUACCCAAGCCUCUACACCACCCAUUCCAUCGCCUCGCAGUAGUGAUAGUCGCCAGAGUCCAAAACAACAGCAACAGUCACAGCAACAUCAGCAACAGCAACAACAGCAACAACAGCAACAACAGCAACAUCAACAACAGCAGCAGCAUCAGCAACAGCAUCAGGAAAGGCAACCUAUCAAACAAGAAAUGCCACCACCACAGGAGCGUCCGCUUGAUCUCUCAACACGGGGCAAGAAACUCUAUACCCCACCCUCGCCACUGCCCCCACUUCCGCCCUCACCCAUGGUCAUGCCACACAGUCCGCAUCAAGCUCACUAUCCCAUGCAACCGCAUCCUGGCAUGAUUAAAUGCGAGAUCCCAAGUGGAGCAUCAGCACCACCCACCCUGCACAUGCAACACGGUGGUCAUGUUGGAGUACCUGUUGUCAAAGGUGACGUUGCAUCACCCACCACCAAGGAAUCCGUCGCAUGGCGUUACAAUCUCGACGUCUCACCUGUGGUCGAAGAGAUGCCUCCAGGAUCCGAUGUCGCCUACGUCUGUCCAGUCUGCGGUCAAAUGUUCUCACUGCACGAUCGUCUGGCCAAGCACAUGGCAUCACGUCACAAAUCCCGCAACCCGUCCACAGACAUAGCUAAAGCCUAUUGCUGCGAAGUGUGUAAUCGGUCGUUUGCUCGCUCUGAUAUGCUGACGCGUCACAUGCGAUUGCAUACGGGCGUCAAGCCCUACACGUGUAAAGUCUGCGGCCAAGUCUUCUCCCGCUCCGACCAUUUGUCAACGCAUCAGCGCACACACACUGGCGAGAAACCCUACAAGUGUCCACAGUGUCCGUAUGCGGCAUGUCGUCGUGAUAUGAUUACCAGGCACAUGCGCACCCACACCCGAUAUGAGGCUCAACAGCGUGGUAGUAAUAAUAAUAAUAACAACAACAAUAACAACAACAAUAAUAAUAACAACAACAGCAGUAAUUUGAAUAACAAUAAUAACAACAACAACAACGGCAGCGGCAUGAUGGAUUCACCUAUUUUGACAGACGUCAAAAUGAACAUCCCUCUGCUGGUUAAAAGUGAAAAUGAUCUCGCCAAAGGACACCACAAAUCGUCGCCAAUGCAUUUGGCUGGGCUAAGUAUGCCAUUGGUUGUUAAAACAGAAAGUGCUUAAAAUUCUAAAAAAAAAUCAACAUUUUAUUCUAAAUAUUUUGACACUUAAAUGUCAAAUGUCACUUCGAUCACAGACAGUGACAGCUGCAUGAUACAAAAUUCUCCUAUGGAGAGAUAAUUUUUAAUUUAAUUUUAUUUAAGUUUUAUUUUGAGAUAAAAUUACAAAAAAAAAAAACGAAAAACAAAAAUUGAGAUUCCUAAUUAGGAGAUUAGUAUUUAGAAUAUAAUAUAUAAUAUAUUUUCUUAUAAAUGGCCAGAUAUUUUAAAUUAAAAUUAUAACAAACAAGAAAAACACACUAAUAAGUCAGAAACGUUAUGGUCACUUGCUUAAGUAAACAAAUCGAACAGAUCUUCAGCCCGAGAGCUCGAUAGUGUUUGAGUUUGUUUUUACUAAAAAAAAGGUUGAAACAUUUGGAGUAGGAGUCACGAAUUGAAGAUAAUCUCUGCCAAGACUGAGAAUAUUAUUUUUUUUAUGUAUAAAAAAAAGAAAAACAAAAAACAGUAACAGUAAUUUAGUUCUAUUUAUAAGUUGGACACACAUAAACACAAAUAAAUUUGACACAUUCAAACAUAUACGUAUUAAGACAAUUUAUAGAAUUUUGUUCGUCCCCCUUGUACCAAAUUCCCGUCUCGUUUCGUCUCGAUUAACAAAUUUGCUUCUGGUUUCUCAUUUGAUUUCAAUUAAAAAUAUAUAUUUUAUAUGUAUAAAAUUUAAUAUAAAUAAAUUUGUUUCCCACCCCAGUUUAUAUUUAAAUUAUAUUCCCUCUUAACGCUUAUACUCGAUAUUUAUAUUUAUUUAUUUAUUAAUUAAAAUUUCCAUCUCUAUUUCCUAAGUUUAUUCCAAAAUUUAAAGCAGACAACAUCUAAAAGUAUGCAAUUUUUGUUUCUUACUGUUAAUCUUGAAGAUUAAUUCUUUUUUUUUUUCAAAUACAAAAAUCAUUCCCUAAAUGAAAUUUAAAUACAAAAAACACCUAAACUAAUUAAUUAUUAAACGAAGGUUGUGAAUCCUUAGCGUGUAGUAGCACAAAUUUAUAAUUGCAUACAAACAAACAAAAUAAUACAACAGACACACAUACAGUUAUACUAUUUUAAGUUUGAACAAAAACAAAAUAAAAUUUCUCUUAGUUUUUUAAGUUAUUUAAUUUAAAUUAUUAAACCUAAUUUUUUUUGCAAAAAUUAUAAAAAAAAUACUAAAAACCUUCAUUCUUCAAAAGUCAGAAUUUAAAAAAAUUUAAAAAACAAAAUCUGUUUGUUCAUCAAAUGAAUUAAAAAUUAAAAAAAAAAUUAAAUUUUUGUUAAUUAUUAUCUUUAGUGUGAAAAAUUUGGAAAUUGUUUCGAAACCAGUUAAGUUUCUCUUUUGUUUUGUUAAUGUUUCGGUUGAUUUUGUUGGAUUAAGUUUUUGGAAAAAAUUAAAUAAAAGAAGAAAAAUUCUAAAUUGUUUGAGGACGAAGAUGAAGUUCAUGAUGAAGAGAAAAAGAAAAGAAAAAUUAAAUUUUUAUUCAUUUUUAAGUAUUUAAUUUAUUAUUUAUUUUUAUUUUAUUUCCUGUUUUAUUAUUUAUAAUUAUCACCUAUAUAAAAAGCAAAACAAACAAAUUUAUGAUUUUAAAAUAAAACAAACAAAAAAGACAUAAUGUGUGAAUGUAGAAUUUUGAGUUC